CAAGAAUUAAUUAAAAUGUUAACAUGCUUGAGCACUGCAGUGGCAGCUGUGGUACAGACGAUGUAAUAAUAAUGGAGUACAAGGAGUGGCAGUGUGUCAAACACGAGCGCUUUUAAAGACCUCAAUAUUGUUAUUUAUUAUUUAUUAAUAAUGUUUUCCUUUUUUUCUUCUUCGUUGUAAUGCAGGUUACCGUCCAAGCAACAUGCGUCACCCUCACUGCUAUGUCCGUCGAUCGGUAUAUUCUAAUCGUUCAUGCAGUAAAAUCACGUACAACUAGAACCACCAAUAAGGCUGUAUUUAUCAACGUCUCCAUAUGGCUGGUAUCCUUCCUCGUUCAUCUACCUGUUGCGAUAUACCAGACGUUCAAGGUAGAGGCCAACAUGUGCGUCAUGCCUAUGGGUCCCGACAACGCCAACGAAAAAUAUUACUAUCUCUUCUCCUUCAUCUCCAUGUACCUGCUCCCUCUCAUCAUCAUCCUCGUCUGCUACGCCAACAUCCUCCUCAUGGUGUGGCGCAAGUCGAGUGCUGGGACGGAGAGCGCAGCUGCACACGAGCGGUCCAUACGCCAGAAACGCAAGAUUACCCGGAUGGUGUUCAUCGUAGUACUGCUCUUCGCCGUCUGCUGGCUUCCCAUACAAUGCAUUUUACUCUGGAACAACUUUCAUCCCGUUCACGCCACGUCGAUGAACCCCAUCACGCUGGGUAGUCUACACUUCUUCUCACUGUGUCUCAGCUACGCAAAUUCAUGCGUGAAUCCGUUUAUAUAUGCAUUUACCACGGCCAGUUUCAAGAAGCACUUCAAGCGGGUAUUUGCCUUCUGUGUCGAACCGGAGGAGAGUGCCGACGAGAAACCGACCGGAAACUCCGGUUAUAGGAAAGCAGGCAAGUACGUUAAUGAGUACUCUUCUGUCAACACCUGUGACACCAAAUUGUGAGCUCGAAACAAAUCCCGACAGAUUUUUUUUCUGGAAAGAAGAUAGGAACAGAAUAUAAGUGAUUGGAUUUGUAUGGACAGAAUGUGACGGUCGCAUGGUUUAGUAUGAAACCUGGUCGACGUUCAAUAGUAAAGACAAGUGACUGAUCAAAAAGCAAAACGUGUUGGGAAUAAUAGAAUGAAUUAGUACAAAUGAAAGUAACCUCGAAGCUGAUGGCAAGAUCGGUGAAUGCACGUUCCAUAUUGGUGCAGAGAACAUCAUUCGGGCUUCAAGUGUGUAAUUAAAGCCCUGAUGUUGAAGAGUACGUUCGGCGAUGAUUGAAGAGGUAGGAAGAUUGAAUGUAGAAACAGGAGUCGCUGAUGAUGGCCGAAUAUUAAGGCUGCGUGAAGAUAUUGAGACUGCAAUAGAGCUAAACGACGUCUUACUGCUCUUAUCUAUUUCAGAUCAAACAUCAAUCAAACGAACGGUGUUGGCAAGUCAACCGAGGACAGUAGGCCAUUGAGAUGGUAAAAUGUUAGCAUAGUACAACCUGAAGUUAGGGGAAUCAGGACUGCAUGUGAGAUGGUUUGCAUACGAACCGAGGACUUAGCCGAGAUGAUUAAAUGCGUCGUCCAGACGUUAGUGGGUAGUAUAACGGGUUCUGCUCCCAUUGUUUGCAAACAAGACAAUAGCGAAAAUGUGGAUGAAAGUGAGAUGCAGGGAAUAUACAUGAACAUAAAGUAUAUCUUUGCCAGCUAAAGCUGGGCUAAAUACUGAACAACACCCCGGCCUUGUCCAUAUUGUAUCAUAAUCGUGUUAAAGCACUCGUUCUCCUAACCAACAUCAGGGCUAUUCAUGUCUCCUCAAUGUGUCAUAUGAGGGGAACGCAGACGUCAUGUGAAGCGGGUACUGGAGACUUCAGAGAUAACCCGGUGUAUUAUAAUUAUGUGAGACUACAUACGUCUGGUGUAGAUGAACUCAUUUCAGAUAAUACGCGCCAUUAUUCGUGCACUGCUUCUACGAGGACAUCGACAGGAAAAAUAUUGUGCAACGAUGAAAUAUUUCCCAAAGGAACUAUUAUCCACACCAUCACAUUUUCACUUCUCGAUUUACAUCCCAAUGGUGGAGACAUGUUUUUGCAAACAACACACUGAUCUUAACAUCACAUUCGGAAUCAGGCAUGACUACACCGGAUUUUUCGCCAUUAUUUCUAGCUGCAGAGACUUAUCAUGCCUCAUCAGUGGGAUCGUUACUAGAUUGGCUAAUGGAUUGACAAACCUUGGUGAUUACGGGCAGUGAUAACCUAUAAAACCAUGCCUGCUCAUAGUCAGUCCCUACGAUGAAGCGACCCGUACUUAGUGGCAUCACGGCGCUAUAGCUGCGGAAUCCGAUGACGUUACCGCAACCGCCCAAACGAACGUCCCAUCUUCGAAUUACAUACAUCCCCCAACGGGUGGUUGGCUAUUCGGAUGAAAUGUCACCGUUAAAGUGAUCUCGAAAAAUGAGGCGGGCAUUUUAUGUCUGCUGCGAUGUUUAUCUCACUUUGGAUUUUUCUCUAUCUCUCUUUUCUGUUUUUCUUAUCUUGUCGGAAUUGAAUGACAAUUUUUUUCUGAAAGUAAUGUUAAACUUUUGAGGACCAAAAGGGAAAAACAGAUAAGGCAAAACUUUGACGCGUUUGUCUCCUGCUAUUAAAUCGUUUCUCAUGCAGACAUAAUUUUUAGCAUUUAAUUUAAAAAUAAAACCGUUAAAUUCUGUAACAUAAUUUACAGGACUUACCUCUCUUGUGUGUAAUAUAUUUCAUAUUUCAUCUACUUUUCAAAAUGUUAUUUAAACGAGGCAAAACCUACGAUUGAAAAUGUAAAAUGUUUUUGAUUAUCUUAAGAACAACUUUUUGUUAAUGGACGGCCUAACAGCAUGCCACUGUCAUAACAAUGUAAUUAAAUUGAUCAUUCUGAUUUGUUUAAAAUUUUGAAGAAUUAAUGAUAACAUCAAGUCAAAAAUAGUACAUGUGUUUUAUUUGCUACCAAAAUACAGACCAUUGUUUCCAGCAGGUAUUCCACCAUUGGCAACAUAUGUUCAUGACAAAUGAUGAAACUUGUUUAAUGUAAUCAAAAGUCUUUAUUGACAUUAAUGAAAACCAUCAAGGCAGUAGGUACCUUUAUCUACAGUGAAUAGUUUUCCAAUUAUCGUAAUGAUACUUUCAAUUUACUUAGAAACAUGUAUUACAGUAAUCAAAUGUACCAAACACAGAGGCUUCGAUUGAAUAGUAUAGCACUAUUUUCUAAGUGGUGCAGCCCCGGAAAAAAUAGUCACAAUGCCAAAGACCCAUAAUUUGACUAGUGCUUCAAAAAGAGUGCAUGAAUAUUUUGUUUCAAUCCCCCAUCGAAAUGUGAAAAACUGAAAUGUAAACUUUGAAAAAUGCAAACCGUUUAUGCGUAUUUUGGACAAAUAUGGAGGUUCAAGUUAAUUUCCAGAUGUAUUUCUUAAAGGUACUAUGUCCCAUUUGCAGGCCACAAAAAUGAAAAGGUUAAA